AUGGCCAAGAUAUUGGUCUUCAAGGUCCUUGGCACUCUUCUGGCUACCCAAGCAAUUGUUGGUACGGCUACAGUACAUUUGGACCAUGAAAAUCUGCUUGAUGACGAGGCACAGGGAGGAGCCGUGAGCCUGGAUGGACAAGGAUUCGUUCGUUUGUCAAUCUACCUGAAGCCGGAAGAUCCCGAUAUCAUGGAAAGCACCCUUCAUAAUAUCUCUGACCCAUCCAGCGAGCGUUAUGGCAAGCAUCUGACCCGCGGUGAAGCCAAGGCUUUGCUGCGUCCCAGCCGCGAAUCUGUGGAGUUCGUCAAGCGCUGGCUGGCUCAUUCUGGAUUAUCCGAGAACCGACAAGAUAUGAAUCACGACCCCAUGAUGGAGGCUCGUCUGGAUGCCACAGUCUCCCGAAAGCUCCUCUCUCGUCAUCUCGACCUCGAUGCCCCGAACGGUAGAGCUCGGACAACAAUCUCGAGCACUUUACCGAAUGAGCUCCGCCAGCAUGCCACCAUCAUUCAACUGCAUCAUUUUGAACACGCGUCUCUGCCUCCCAGCCCGAUAGCCAAGAAACGGAUGGUUCAAAAGAAUAUCAUCGCAGAAGUCAACGACGAUGAUCAACAAGUCGACAGCGGUUUCAACGCAUGCAACAAAGGAAACACUCCGACCUGUAUCCGCAAGCUCUAUCGCAUGGGCAAUAAAUAUGCAAAACCUCACCCAAAGUCGCUUCUUGGCGUCGUCGGCUUCAACACACAAACCGCCCAGCAUGACCAACUCGACAAGUUUCUCAAUAUGUUUGCCGACUAUGCCAUCGGAUCCAACUUCUCGACCGAGUCCAUCAACGGCGGCCAGAAUCCCCAAGGGGAGUACCCCAGUGGCGAAGCCAACCUGGAUAUUCAAUACGCCAUUGCCAUGUCAUACCGUAUUCCCGUUAGGUACUACCCUACUGGUGGAGAGAAGCAUGACUUCAUUCCAGACCUAGACAUUUCCGACCCGGCGCAAGAGUACAUGGAGCCAUGGCUGCAGUUUGCUAGCUAUCUCCUCGAACUGGACGACGACGAUCUCCCUCAGGUCCUCUCCCUUUCGUACGGCGUAAACGAACAGGCCGUCCCAAAGGCCUACGCGAAGCAGGUGUGCAAUAUGUUUGGUCAGCUCGGGGCGCGGGGAGUAUCCAUCAUUGCCGCUUCCGGCGACACCGGUCCGGGGGUGUCUUGUCGAUCGAAUGACGGGACCAACACGACCAAGUUUCUGCCCAUGUUCCCAGCUGCAUGUCCGUACGUUACCUCUGUGGGUGGAACUCAGAACAACGGACCGGAGGUUGCGGUCGACUUUUCCUCUGGUGGAUUCUCUGAGUACUGGACUCGUCCUGCCUGGCAAGAGGAAGCGGUCGGCUCUUAUCUUCGGAAUUACGGCCGGAAGUGGAAGGGCUACUACAACCGCGACGGGAGAGCAUUUCCAGAUGUUGCUGCCCAGGGAAAGGCCUUUUACAUAUUCAAUCAUGACAAGAUUGAGGCCGCAGACGGUACAUCUGCUUCUGCCCCCGUCUUUGCCUCCAUGAUUGCCCUCCUCAACGACAUGCGAUUCGAGAAAGGCAAGUCACCCAUGGGUUUUCUCAACCCUUGGCUGUAUAGCAUUGGGAGCGACGCUUUUACCGACAUUGCCGAAGGGAAAUCUCGGGGCUGCCAAGGAACAAGCUAUAGUGGUGCGCCAGCCCCCAAGGUCCAAGGGGCGGGUUGGGAUGCUGUGCCAGGAUGGGAUCCUGUGACGGGUAGGGGAACACCGAGAUUCGACCGACUCAAGAGUCUGGCUUCCCGUUAA